GAUGUCUCCAGCUGUGUGUCCAGCUGUGCAGGCAGCAGCAGCAGCAAUAGCCUCCUCUCUGGUGUCCAGCAGUGGAUGAGGAGGACCGGUGGUGGACAGACAGGACAGGGAGGGGUCCUUUCAUAUCAGGGCUGCCUCCUCAUCCUCCUCCUCCUGGAUGGAGCCCGGCUGUGGGCAGGCAGCGAUGGCCAUGGAUGGAGAUGAGUCGAAAAGAGCGUCGGUUCGUAAUGUGGCUGUGGAGCGAAAAAACCUCAUCACCGUCUGCAGGUUUUCUGUAAAGACGCUGUUGGAGAAAUAUACAGCCGAGCCCAUCGAUGAUUCCUCUGAGGAGUUCAUCAAUUUCGCAGCCAUCCUUGAACACAUCCUCAGCCACCGUUUCAAAGGCUCUGGCAGCUGGUUUGAUGGUCAGAGGAGUUAUUGGGACUACGUCCGUCUGGCCUGCGCUAAAAUCCCCAACAGCUGCAUCAGCAGCAUCGAGAGCAUGGAGAACAUCGGCACCUCACGAGCCAAGGGGCGAGCCUGGAUAAGAGUAGCUCUAAUGGAGAAGAGGUUGUCUGAAUACAUCGCUACUGCUCUGAGGGACAGCAGGACGACCAGGAGGUUCUACGCAGAGGGAGCCAUCGUGUUAAGAGAGGAAGCAACAGUCCUAACAGGGAUGCUCAUAGGUCUCGGAGCCAUAGACUUUAGUUUCUGUCUGAAAGGGGAGGCCUUGGAUGGGAAAUCUUCUGCCGUGAUUGACUACACACCGUACUUGAAAUUCACACAAAGCUAUGAUUACCUGAGUGAUGACGACGAUCAACAGAGUGUUGACAGCAGCUUAAGCGACGACAGCGUCCCUGAACACCCCUACAUCCCCCUGCUCACUGACGAGGAGAGCUGGAGCACAAAGUGUCGCAAGAUGGAGCAGCGGUUCAAGAUCGUCAACGCUCAAAAGGGUUACCUGGAGGAGCUUGUGCGCCUGCGUGAGUCCCAGCUGAAGAACACAGAAACAGAGAACAAGAGGCUAAAGGGCCGACUGGAGGAGCUACAGAGCCACAGCACACAGGAGAAGAAGGAGCUGGAGGUCAUCGUCCUGGAGCUUCAGGAGCAGCUGACAAGCUUGAUUCCAUGUGACUCCAACCACCUGGCCAAAAACCUCCCAAUCCCUUUGGUCAACCAGUGGCCGACGCUCCAGCCAUACAACAGCCAAGACGACGUCAAACUGUUCCGCAGGAGGAGUUUCCCCAGCACAGAGCUGCUGUCAGUGGAAAUCAGCCUGGAUUCAGACUCCCAGAGGAUUGAGGGGAAACAUAAUGGAGCCUGGUGCACAGACAAGGACUACACCCCCUCCAUGAUGGGCCUGUGUGGGUCCUUGGCGUCCCUCCCAAGCUGCAAGUCUCUGGCUAGCCUCAAGUCCAGCGAGUGCCUGGUCAACAUCAGCACAGAGAACAGUCCUGCCCUCUCUCCCAGCUAGGGGGCGCCAAAGAAACACUGCCAACCACUUAACUGACACUGAGACAAUUCAACAUGAAUACAAAGAGACUACUUUUGGGAGGUGGACAAAUGCUGUCUUUUGUGUGCUCCUUACGUGAGUCCCUUUACCUUUACGCUCUGAGUCUCAACUUACACCUGUUAAGCAUUUUGUGAAAGAGUAGCCUCCCUGUCUGGGACUGUCCAACAAAGAUGCAGGAAUAGCUGUUGUACUGCCUGACAGCUUCCUGCAGUCUCACUGUCUUUAAUUGUCUUGACAUGAUUAAGCCUCCUGGAAUGCAAACAACUGGUUCAAGUUUGACCUCUCUUACGUCAUGAUGCUUGAUUUUGUGCAAUUACAGUCACGUCCGUACUGGUCACAUUCAUCACUAUAGGGUUGUUCCUGUAUGUCUGUACUUGUCCAUUUGUCUGUGUCUUAUCAGUCUGUCAGUGUAUCUUAUUCUGCCUCCUGCAUAAUACUGGCAGUGCAGGGUGGAGGAGCUGUUAUAACCUUUUAGGGAACAGAAAAAAUGUUAUGCCAUAUUAUAUUAGAUAUAAGAGAGAUGGAAAGAGAGGCUUGUACUGUGCUGAGUUAAGAGGGUUUUAUGAUGAAGAUUAUUUGGAAAUUAACAGAAGCAGCUUUAUGAUAUUAGGAUAAAUGACAGCCUUAUUCAAUCAAUACAGUAGGUUAGACGCAGAUUUUAGGAUGCAACACUAAAGACCUGUCAGGCUACAAAGGUUUGCAGAGCCAGUACAAUGUGAACAUAAAAAAACAGACUGUUGCAUACAAAUGCAAAUAGCAUUAUGACUAUGCAGAAUGAAUGUUUUCAUUGUCUUUUCUACAAACCUGGCUUGAUAGCGUAGUUUGAGCAGGAGUGAAAUCGUGAAUGUGCAACGUGCGUGUGUGUCUUUUGAUUUUUUUGGGGCUUUUUAAUUUCAUGACAUACUUUUACUUUUAUCAUUUACCAUCAUGUAAAUUGCAAUCUCAUGCAGUGUUGUUGAGAGUUGGGAUACGUUGUGUUAUUUAAAACUGCAAUAAAACUGCCUUUUUUUGAAACCUUAAA